AGAACAGGGGAGAGUUGGGGAGCAGAGAAGCCACAAUGAGAAGAAGUAUGCCUCUGUUUGUGUCACAAUGCAUACUGCUGUGUGUGCUGAUGGGUGGGACAGUGUGUGCCUGCAUGUUGAAGAAUCACACCUUGUGGAUUGAGAGGCACGACUGUGCCCAGUGUGUGGCAAUCAACACGACCAUCUGCAGUGGCUACUGUUACACACAGGACACCAAUUUUAAGGGCCGCUUUGGGAGGACCUUCCUGAUCCAGCGUAGCUGUGUGCCUCUAUCCCUGGUGUACCGACCGGCCUGUUUUCCUGGCUGCUCUAAGGAUGCCGCCCCACAGGUGUAUUAUCCCGUGGCCCGCUGCUGUAGCUGUAAGCGCUGUGACACACGCACACACAACUGUGUCCGCACCGGCCAAAACUCUUACGACCAGUGCCCCAAGACGCAUGGGAGCGUGAAGUACCAGAACCAGUCCGCCUCUGAAAUGUCACAAGACAUGUACACACAUUGCAAAUGAUAAAGCUGUAACCUAAUGGAGCAGUUUCUGCUCGCUUAUAUUACUGUAGUUCAACUUAUCUCCUUAGCUGUUCGUGUUGUGCUUUUUUUUUGUAAUUUGUUAGGAAAUGUAUUACAAUAAAACCCUGUGUUGACCAUG